AUAAACCGGAAGUUGACAAUUCAACAUGGCUGCCCCAUCUGUCGCACCGACUGCUCGUCCAUGGAAUCCCGACUACAAACAUACAGACAGGGAGAGGUGGAUAUGUGUGUACCCAGCCUACAUCAACAGCCGGAAGUCUCUCAAGGAGGGACGCAGAAUACCCAAGGAUCAGGCUGUAGACAACCCUAGUUAUGCUGAGAUCCGGGAUGUGUGCGCAGCAGCCGGUUUGACACUUGGUGUAGAGAAUAAAGUUUAUCCCCGGGAGUUGGAUCACAGAGAUCAGAAGUUCCGAGGUCGAAUCCGUGUCCAACUGAGGAACGAGGAGGGACAGCCAAUGUCCGAACAAUUUCCUUCUCGGAACUCACUCCUGCUGUACCUCGGACAGACCAUUCCCAAGUUGAAAGCUCGUACACAGUCACAGUCUCAGUCAGGGGGCCAUCAACAACAGUCUUCAAAACAGCAGAAGAAGAAAGGUCGCAAGGGAAAAUAAAAUAUACUCCCUGGAUUGUCUGUAUGAUGCUAUUGUGUCACAUUAUAAUAUAACUCAAUUCUUUAAUGUCAAACAUGU